CGGGUGCCGAGACAAACGAUACCUUUUGUGCCAUGGAUGGCAAUUAUGUCUGAACGACUUGCAGCUGUACUUGCCAGAUGCGAAAAAAUUCAACGAGGGGCUGAGAACUUGUCGAACCUCCCAGAGCAUUUAGCGGAGCGGCUCAAAGUCUUGUACUCCAAGUGUGAGAGGUUGAAACAUGAAAAAGAACAACUCAGACCUUCAGAAGUGGUGAUUUUGGACGAGGAUCCUGAGGAUGAUCAAUGUGAUGAUUGUGAUGAUAACGACACUGCAAUUUCAGCUGGAGAAGGCCCCUUGACAUCUUUGACAUUUGAUGGCGAGAGGGAAGAUGUAGCUAUGACAGAUCCCUAUCUGGUUUGUGAGGCCGAGCAGGAUCUUGAGGCCCUUGGCUGGAAAUCUGUCGAGCCUUCGGGCACCGCGUUGGUGGAGUCCCAGCCAUCUCCCCAAGCUUCUCCAACUCAAGCCAGCGAUGUGACGGAUGCCGAUGAGACUAUUGACAUUCAGAAAGACCAGAGUGAGCCAAGCUCUGGCUGCGCAACUGAGACCGAAUGGACCGAAUGGAACGACUUGCCCAUUGGGACGGAAUUUAUGGCACAGGAGGUGCCCUAUGUGGUGGAGCGAAAAGUGGGCCAAAGCCAUGGGAGCGCCAUCUAUGCGAUACGUUCUGCCACCGGUGCUGGAUUUAUUGUGAAGAUGUCUGCCCAGAACGAGCUCGCUUGUGCCAGGCUCCUCACAAAGCAUGGUGAACUGCAACGGGUGAAGCUGGAGCACAUAACUCUGGACAUUUUCGAGGCAUCGGCCUUCAUUCAGACCUUGACCCAAGUGAUCUCUGACUUCGCUGCUUCGUCAGCUUCGUCUCCCUCUGCCUCAGCUCCCUCCGCUCCCGCCGCUCUGCCUGUUCCGCUUGAAGAUCCUUCAAAGCCACCCAUGCUGGUGCCGACCACAUCCACACCACAACCCGACCAGUCCAUUUUCAAAGUCCUGUUUUCCGCGAAGCAGACAGGGGCAGAGACAGCUGCAGCCAAAGCAGCUGGUGACCCUGUUGCUGUUGGGGCCAGUCAUAACAGUCUCCACGAAACAACACUGCCGCCAGUGCCGCCAGUGCCAGUGCCUGCAGAACCAGAUCCAGCUGCUCCAGCUCCAGCUGCUCCAGCGCUGCCAGAGACGGCUGCCGAAAUUUCCAAACACUCUGACUCUGCUGACUCUGCUGUCGCUGUCACUCUGGCACCGGCGUUUCCCAAGAUGCCUGCACUCGCUGCGAGUCACUCUAAAGCCAAGCCUCAGGAGCUGCCACAGUCACUGUCCACAAUGCUUGGAAACUAUGCAGAAGAGGAGGACAGUCCUGAAACAAAGCCGACGCCGGAAACCGACCAAGUCCAGGACCUUGCGGAGUUCCACCUGCCCAAAGCCCAAACUGCCUUCGGGGCCAAAAUCCGCGCAGCAGCUCGCAUGGCCAAAGCCGCGGUCCUCCCAGAGAAGGCGAAGGCACCCGAGGAAAGUGCGGAGCCGUUGGCCUCAGUGGAUCCGGUACCUGGCGAAGGGGUGGAAGGAGUGGAAGGAGUGGAAGGAGCAGUGCAAACCUGGGAUCCAGCCACUGGGCAGUUCAUCACAGAAGAGAUUCCUUCAGAGAUUGCCGAGGAGUUCAAGCGCAAACCUGACUUGAACUUGGAGGACUACCAACAGCGUGUGUUGUUGGCCCAGUUGCACGACAAGAAACGACGACUGCAGCAACAGCAAGAAGAGCGGGAACGUCAGCGUCGAAAACUGGAAAGAGAGGAAGCUGAACGACAAAAAGAACUGGAGCAGCAGCGCUCAAUCUCUGCGGUGUUGGAAUCGUAUGCUCAGGAGAUGGGUGAAGCUCCCAGAGCUCGCGAAGCUCUAAGCGAGCGCGAGCCCGUGGAAGUUGGGGCCGUGAGUGCAACGAACGCCAACGCCACGAACCUCCAAGCUGUGCAAGCGCAGUUCUUGUUGCAAGCCCAACAGCUCCAACAGCUCCAACAGUUCCAACAGUUCCAACAGCUCCAACAGUUGGCAGCCCAACAUGCCAUAGCCAGGCCUGCUCCGGCUCCACUACUGGGCGUUGUACCUGACCCUGCAGCGGCGCAUUUGGGGCUGGCAUCACAGAUCUAUGCCUGGAUGGCUCAAGCAGGUGGAAUGUUUGCGCCUUCGGAGCCGUCAGCACCUUGCUAAUUGUCGUGCCAGAGUGCACCUGUAUUCUGACCUGAACAUUGGCUGAUCCCUGCUGUGUGCAGGGUGGAUUCAGUAUUUCUGGAGAAGGUUGAUCCCUUGAUGCUUCGAUUUGAUUCGAUGAUAUUCAGAUGAACUGCUGCCAACAGCUGCUGUCCUGCACUGUGGUUCUCACGGUCAAGCUGUGGACGUGGAGCAUCGAGUCAACUUCGGAGAUUGUGACAUGUGAAAGCGAAACCGCAGCAACGGCUCUCUCCCAGCUAUGCUUGACCUGCUUACAGGUAUUGUAGCAAAGGCCUUUUGUCUUUCUCAGUGCUUCAGACGAAGUUGCCGGAGAAUCAGGUGUUGCAGAUCGACAUUUUGGGCCCAUCUCACAUCUCCGUGGAUGCACUUCCGAAGACGCUGCGAGCAUCUGCGAGC